AUGUCUCAGCGCUCCUCCUUGGACCGGGAGGCGGACGGGUGGGAGUCUGCCUGCCGUCUCUUGAGGAGCAAGUCCUUGUACCCGCCCGCGGUGGCCAACCCCUUCGUGCAGCGCACGCACAUCAGCGCGUGGCGCUGGGCCUCCAUCCUCCUCCUGGGGACCCUGCUGGUGGUGGUGCGGGUGUCCUGCCUGGCCAUCCUCUUCGUCUUCCUCUGGCCCGUGACCAUGCUGUGCACCAUAGGCCGCUCUGCUCGCGGAGGCAAGCCCGCCAAGAGUUGGAGAAGAAAACUGGUGCAACGACCCCUCAAGUUCUUGUUUCAGACGUGUUUCCUUGCCUCCGGCUUCCUGGUGAAAGUGAAAGGGAAAAAGGCAACCCGAAAGGAGGCCCCCCUCUUGGUGACCGCACCGCACUCCACCUUCUUCGACGCCAUCGCCUGUGUGGUGGCGGGGUUGCCCUCCGUGGUCUCUGCGAGUGAAAACGCACGGAUCCCAGUGGCUGGGAGAUUCCUGUUGUUAACGCAGCCGGUGCUUGUGACUCGAGAGGACCCCAACUCCAGGAAGACUACCCGGGAUGAAAUCCAGAAGCGAGUGACCUCCAAAGGGGCGUGGCCACAGAUCAUGAUUUUCCCAGAGGGAGUGUGUACCAAUCGCACGUGUCUGAUCACUUUUAAGCUAGGGGCCUUCUCCCCAGGGGUACCUGUGCAGCCAGUGCUGCUCAGGUACCCAAACAGCCUGGACACGGUGACCUGGACCUGGCAGGGCUUGACAGCCUUCCAGGUGUGUCUGCUGACCCUGAGCCAGCUCUUCACCAGGGUAGAAGUGGAGUUUAUGCCUGUGUACGUCCCGAGUGACCAGGAAAAAAAAGACCCCGUCCUUUUUGCCAAUGCAGUGCGGGUCCACAUGGCCAAUGCUCUGGGGGUGCCCGUGACAGACCACACGUACGAAGACUGCAAACUAAUGAUCAGCGCGGGCAACCUUCAACUACCCAUGGAAGCUGGUUUGGUGGAAUUUACAAAGAUCAGCCAGAAGUUGAAGUUAGAUUGGGAUAGUAUUCAUCAGCAUUUGGAUGAAUAUGCUGCAAUCGCAGUUGCCUCAAAAGGAGGGAAGAUAGGAAUUGAAGAAUUUGCAAGUUAUUUAAAACUCCCAAUUUCAGAGCCCUUCAGACAACUGUUUGCCCUCUUUGACAGGAAUAACGACGGCAGCAUAGACUUCAGAGAGUACGUGAUAGGGCUGACUGUCCUGUGCAAUCCUGCCAACACGGACGAGAUUCUGCGAAUGUCCUUUAAGCUUUUCGAUCUUGAUGACGAUGGUUUCAUAACACAACCGGAGUUGGCUGCUAUACUUCAGGCAGCCUUUGGAGUGCCUGGCCUUGAUGUUUCCAGUCUCUUUCAGGGAAUAGCUAGAGAGAACUCAGAAUACAUUUCAUACAAGGACUUUAUGAGAUUUGCUUUGAAGCAUCCAAAAUAUGCCAUUCUAUUUAAUUCAUAUUUAGAACUCCAGGCAGCCUAUAUAUACACAUUACCACAAGAACAAGUUUAA